CUCCCAGGCCGGCCCCGCGCCCGGGACAGGGACCGGGCGGAGCGGAGCCGCUGCGCCAGCGCUGCGCCGCCAGUCGCUUCGACUAGCGGAUCGGUGCUGUGCGCGGAACUGCCCUGCCCCGCCCCGCUCCACCCGCCAGGAGCUCCAGCUCUUUAUCCAAGAGCUACCUGCUAGGAUGGAGGGAGCUGGCCAGAGCAGAGAGGAGGUUUCUGCUCAGACCCCUGCCAGAGUCCCCAGAGGGCUGGUGUAGCCACUCCCUGCUCUUCCUGAAGCUCCAGGCUCCCUGGCUGAUGGCUCCAGGGACCUGCAACCUGACAAACAAACAGUAGGCGCCAGAGCAGAAGGUGAAGGAACCAGCGCAUAGAAUACCGCCAAGGAAUGGAGGAAGUGAAUGCUCUGGCAGAGGCCCAACAGGCCCCAGAAAUUGUGGCCCGAGGCAGCCGGGAUGACAGUUCUCCCCAGGAACCUUGCUACCCGCUGAGAAACAUGAUCAGCAAGUCCCCUCCUCUGUGCAUGUGCCCUGCAGGCUGGAAGCUCCUGGCCAUGUUGGCUCUGGUCCUGGUUGUCAUGGUGUGGUAUUCCAUCUCCCGAGAAGACAAGUACAUUGAGCUUUUUUAUUUUCCCAUCCCAGAGAAGAAGGAGCCGUGCUUCCAGGGUGAAGCAGAAAGGAAGGCCUCUAAGAUCUUUGGCAACCACUCCCGAGAUCAGCCCAUCUUCCUGCAGCUUAAAGAUUAUUUCUGGGUCAAGACGCCAUCUGCCUAUGAGCUGCCCUAUGGGACCAAGGGAAGUGAGGACCUGCUCCUCCGGGUGCUAGCCAUCACCAGCUACUCCAUACCUGAGAGCAUCCAGAGUCUCAAGUGCCGCCGCUGUGUCGUGGUGGGCAAUGGGCAUCGACUACGGAACAGCUCCCUGGGAGAUGCCAUCAACAAGUAUGAUGUGGUCAUCAGAUUGAACAACGCCCCAGUGGCUGGCUACGAGGGAGAUGUGGGCUCCAAGACCACCAUGCGUCUCUUUUACCCUGAAUCUGCCCACUUCGACCCCAAAGUGGAGAACAACCCAGACACACUCCUGGUUCUAGUAGCUUUCAAGGCGAUGGAUUUCCACUGGAUUGAGACCAUCCUGAGUGAUAAGAAGCGGGUGCGAAAAGGUUUCUGGAAACAGCCCCCCCUCAUCUGGGAUGUCAACCCCAAACAGAUUCGGAUUCUCAAUCCCUUCUUCAUGGAGAUUGCAGCUGACAAACUGUUGAGCCUGCCAAUGCAACAGCCGCGAAAGAUUAAACAGAAACCAACCACAGGUCUGUUGGCCAUCACCCUGGCCCUUCACCUCUGCGAUUCAGUGCACAUUGCAGGCUUUGGCUACCCAGAUGCCUACAAUAAGAAGCAGACCAUUCACUACUAUGAGCAGAUCACACUCAAGUCCAUGGCGGGGUCAGGCCACAACGUGUCCCAAGAGGCCCUGGCCAUCAAGCGGAUGCUGGAGAUUGGAGCUGUGAAGAACCUCACGUACUUCUGACUUAGGCCAGAGCUGUAACCCUUGAGGGUUGCCUACUCCACUGCCUGAGGGACCCCUGUCCAUGGUUGCAGGGAUGCCUGGUGCCAGCACAACCCCCUUGAACUCACUCUCUCCUGUUUGGGGAGGGGGGUCUUGGAACUGGCCCAAUCUGAGAUGAGGCCAUGCCCCUGGCUACCUGAGGGGUCCCAGAUCCAGUCAUGGUAUAGGCAUUGGGGACCACAGGAACCCAGCCAAGCCAGGAUACUUGUUGCUGAGUACCCCCUCUGCUAGCACCAAGAGAUUAUUUAAUGGGCUAUUUAAUUAAGGGGUAGGAAAAUGCUGUGGGCUGGUCCCAUGGCAUCCAGAAAAGGGGCACAGUACAGUGUUCUGCCCACUUUUUAUAAAAACUUACUUGUGAUGGGCCCACCAAAGCCUAGACCCAGAGCUGGCCUCCCAGGAGGGCGAGUCACCAGGAGUGGUUGGGUGUCCUCCAGAGAGGAGCUGUUACUUCCCAGCCGGACUGGGAAGAGCAUGGGUGAAGGGGUUCUACCAAGAAGAGGACCUCAGAAAAAGAGGUUUCAAACCUACCAUUAAAAUAUUUUUCCUAAAACGGAA